UUUAAAGUAUCGAACUUGAUUCCAAUGUUCUUGCUCGCUCUCACUCACUCUAAAAGUGAAGUGAGUGUGAGAAGAGUGUAAGUAGACAACAAAUAAGUACAAUGGCUGUUCCAAAUUCUGUUUCUGAUGAUAAUGUUGGAACGUUAUUGUUACCUGAUAAGGAACAAGAAAAUUCUAUCAUAGUAUCCACCCUCAUUCACGUUCUCUCCUCCUCAAAUAAUGUUGCUGUUCCUGUUUCUCAUACGGGUACCGAUACUCAACAAAACUUCGAGGUAUUAAACAAUUUACCUCAUAACAACCAACAAUACAAGGAAAAGGAAUCAGAUAAAACAGCCACGUCAUCAAGUGCAAGUGGGACCCUCUUGUCUUACCAAAACCAAUAUGAUCCUGACACGUGUCGCGUAUGCAAAAUCAACGGCUGUCUCGGUUGCAGAUUAUUCUUUGAGAAAGAUAAAGGGGAGAAUAAGAAGAAAUACAGAGGAGUGAGGCAGAGAGCAUGGGGAAAAUGGGUGGCAGAGAUAAGAGACCCAAAAAGAGCAACUCGUGUAUGGCUUGGUACUUUUCAAACAGCUGAGAAUGCUGCAAGAGCUUAUGAUCAAGCUGCUAUUAAGUUUCAUGGUGCUAGAGCUAAGAUUAAUUUUGAUUUCUCUGAUUAUGAAGUUGCUUGUGAUGAUAAGAAGAAGCAAAGUGUGACAGUGCAGGAUUGUGUUGGUGAGGUCUCAGGAGUGAAGAACCAAACAAAAACUACUAUCCUAUCAUUCGGGCCGCCAGAAGUGAACUAGACUAUACCACUACUCCAAGCCUAUGUUCAAUAUUACGGUGGAUAUAUCAGAAUCAAUAUUACGGUAGAUAUAUCAGAAUCACAGUGAUACCAAAUAUACAUAAAGUAGCUUUGGUUUGAGUAGUGUUAAGUGUAGUGUUGCACUUUUUCUCUUGUUUGAAUUUUUCUGUUUUUGAAUGUUGAGCAUUAAAUAUGUUUUUAGUCCUUAUAAUAUUGUUUUUAGUUUUGUAUCCACAUUUGGUUUCUAUGAGAUAUAAAAUUAUAUGAUUUUAGUUCGUGAGAACUAAAACAUGCGGUUUUAUAUUUUAUAGAUUGAAAAGUGGGUGUAUGGACUAAAAAUAAAAUUUAAGAUAAUUAUAAGGAUAAACACAUAUUUAACUCUUAGAAUGAGUUUGGUUGAGCAAUUGAAAA